GAAAAUGGCGACCUCCAUGUGUAAAUUGUGUUCUAGUAAACUAUCAACUUUACAGAUCUUUUUACGUCGACAUGUUCGUUUGAAUGCUAGUGUAUCCAACGCAUUGUUUAGUUCAGGGCCUUCGCCAGAUGAUGAAGAGGUUUUGCUGAAACCAAAGAGACCUGUAAUUGAAGAUGAAGACAUUAUCGAGAAACUGAGAGAUGUCUCACUUCUGAGGGGUAAUCUUUACAAACGUCAACAUAACCUGCAACUAGAGAUCCGUUCAGCUUAUCAGAGGGAGCUCCGUUACAGGAGACGCAACUAUGCAAAGUUCGGGGAUGAGUCUGGAUUCGACCCCCGGAAAUGUUGGCCCACCCGCAGGGAACUGAGGGAUGAGAUUAAGCUGGAGAAAGAGUGGGAACCAACAUUAGACAGUAUGAUGAAAAACAUACAGAGAAGAAAACAGGCAGAUGAAGCUAAGAUGGCUAAAAGAGUGGAGAUGAUUACCAAGAACAUGGAGAAGAUGGAUGGAUGGAUCAAGGAGUAUCAUCAGCGGGAGGAGAAGAGAACAGAGGAAGUGAAGCAGAGGGAGUUGAAGAAGAAGAAGCUCCUGGAUGACGCAAUGGCUUUCUUCGGCUACAAGGUUGAUCCAAGAGAUGAGAAGUUUAAGGAAAUGCUGGAAGCAAAAGCUAAAGAAGAAAAAAGAUUGGCCAAACAGAAGAAGAAGGAAACGCAGACAGCUAAACUCAUGGCCAGAAUCCAGGCUGAAGCACAGAAGAAGGACUCAUAAGUGUCCAAUGUAGAUUUUCAUAGAGACUUGACAUAAACAUUUGUGUAAGACUUGAAUAUUCAGAGACAUUUUGUGUGGAUGUUAUGACGAAUAAGUGCAUUGAGUGAAAUAAAAUACAGUGUAAAUAUUGA